CUGCUCAUCACACAGCACAUCAUCUUCGGCCAACAGCACAGCGCAGCAACAGGGCAGAACAGCAUGUCUUCCUUCCAUGUCUACCGGGCAGCUCUGCUGCUCUCCAUCCUCGCCACCAGCCAGGCUCAGCAGGUCGGCACCUACCAGACCGAGACGCACCCGUCUCUGACCUGGCAGACCUGUACCAGCAGUGGCUGCACCACCAACGACGGUGAGGUCGUCAUUGACGCCAAUUGGCGUUGGGUCCACGAGACCAGCGGCUACACCAACUGCUACACCGGCAACACCUGGGAUGCUUCCAUCUGUCCGGAUGAUGAGACCUGCGCCGAGAACUGCGCACUCGAGGGCGCCUCUUACUCGUCGACCUACGGCGUGACCACGAGCGGCGACGAGCUGCGUCUGAACUUUGUCACCACGUCCUCGAGCAAGAACAUCGGGUCUCGUCUGUACCUCAUGAGCGACGAUAGCAACUAUGAGCUGUUCAAGCUCCUCAACCAGGAGUUCACCUUUGACGUGGAUGUCUCCAACCUCCCUUGUGGCCUCAACGGUGCUCUGUACUUUGUCGCCAUGGACGCCGACGGCGGCACCUCCAAGUACUCGGGCAACAAGGCCGGUGCCAAAUACGGUACCGGAUACUGUGACUCGCAGUGUCCGCGAGACUUGAAGUUCAUCGAUGGCGAAGCCAACUGCGACGGCUGGGUGUCGUCCACCAACAACGUCAACACUGGCGUGGGCGACCACGGCUCCUGCUGCGCUGAAAUGGACAUCUGGGAAGCGAACAGUAUCUCGACUGCGUUCACCGCGCACCCCUGCGAUACCCCAGGUCAGGUCAUGUGCGAUGGUGAUGAAUGUGGCGGGACCUACAGCUCCACGUCUGACCGCUACAGCGGCACUUGCGAUCCUGACGGCUGUGACUUUAACACGUACCGUCUGGGCAACACCAGCUUCUACGGCCCGGGUCUGACCGUUGACACCAACAGCCCUUUCACCGUGGUGACGCAGUUCAUCACCGACGACGGUACCUCGUCCGGCACGCUGACUGAGAUCCGGCGGUUGUACGUGCAGAACGGCGAGGUUAUUGCCAACGGCGCGUCAACCUACUCCAGCGCGAGCGGAAACUCCAUCACGUCUUCCUUCUGUGACGCGGAGAAGACGCUGUUCGGCGACGACAACGUGUUUGACACGCACGGUGGACUCGAGGGCAUGAGCGCCGCCAUGGCGCAGGGCAUGGUUUUGGUCCUGAGUCUGUGGGACGACUAUGCCGCCGACAUGCUAUGGCUGGACAGUAACUACCCGACCAACAAGUCGUCCACCACUCCCGGAGUGGCCCGGGGUACUUGCAGCGUCGACUCUGGUGUUCCGUCUGAUGUGGAGGCGGAGUACCCCAAUGCGUAUGUCACGUACUCGAACAUCAAGGUUGGACCGCUUGGGUCGACCUACUCGAGCGGGUCUGGAUCGAGCUCGAGCUCAGGUUCCACCACAACUACGGCCAAGGCGACUUCGACUACUAGCAAGGCCACCUCGACUACCACCAGUGGAAGUUCGACCUCGGUGGCGUCGGCGUAUGCCCAGUGUGGCGGACAGGGAUGGACUGGAGCCACUCAGUGUGCGAGUGGAUACACCUGCACUUAUGAGAAUGCGUACUACUCGCAGUGUUUGUAAUUGCAGAGAGCAAUAUAGGAAGA